UACUCUCCUGGGGGCUAUAAAUACCCGUCUUCGGCCGUCUUCUCUUGUUUCCGCAGAUUUAUUCUAUUCGAUCGCCUAUUCUCUUUGGAUUCUGGUUUUUAAGUGAGUUCAGAUGGCAAGCAAGGGCGAGGCCUCCUCCUCUUCCGAUCCUAAGGGAGCAAAGAAGGAUUUUAGCACCGCGAUUCUUGAGCGGAAGAAGGCGCCGAACAGAUUGAUCGUCGACGAGGCGAUCAACGAUGACAAUUCGGUGGUGUCGAUGAAUCCGGAGACGAUGGAGAAGUUGCAGCUGUUCCGGGGAGAUACCAUCCUCCUGAAGGGGAAGAAACGGAAGGACACUAUUUGCAUUGCACUUGCCGAUGAUACAUGUGAGGAGCCCAAGAUUAGAAUGAAUAAGGUUGUUCGGUCAAAUCUCAGAGUUAGGCUCGGUGAUGUAGUUUCUGUCCAUCAGUGCCAGGACGUUAAGUAUGGGAAGCGUGUGCAUAUAUUGCCAAUUGAUGAUACCAUUGAAGGAGUUACUGGGAACUUAUUUGAUGCAUAUCUGAAGCCAUAUUUCCUUGAGGCAUAUCGUCCUGUAAGGAAAGGGGAUCUUUUCCUUGUCAGAGGAGGGAUGAGGAGUGUUGAAUUCAAGGUGAUUGAAACAGACCCACCUGAGUACUGUGUUGUUGCUCCAGACACAGAGAUCUUCUGUGAGGGGGAGCCUGUGAAAAGGGAGGAUGAAGAAAGACUCGAUGAGGUGGGGUAUGAUGAUGUGGGUGGAGUGCGAAAACAAAUGGCUCAGAUUAGAGAACUAGUAGAACUUCCUCUGAGGCACCCCCAGCUAUUCAAGUCCAUUGGUGUGAAGCCACCGAAAGGUAUAUUGCUGUAUGGGCCACCUGGUUCUGGAAAGACUCUGAUAGCCAGAGCGGUCGCAAAUGAGACAGGUGCUUUUUUCUUCUGUAUCAAUGGCCCGGAGAUCAUGUCAAAACUAGCUGGUGAAAGUGAGAGCAAUCUGAGGAAGGCUUUUGAAGAAGCAGAGAAAAAUGCACCAUCAAUCAUUUUUAUAGAUGAGCUUGACUCAAUUGCUCCGAAGAGAGAAAAAACUCAUGGAGAAGUUGAAAGGCGCAUUGUUUCUCAACUCUUGACAUUAAUGGAUGGAUUGAAAUCCCGAGCGCAUGUGAUUGUUAUUGGUGCUACUAAUCGACCCAAUAGUAUUGAUCCAGCUCUUAGGAGAUUCGGGCGAUUUGACAGGGAAAUUGACAUUGGUGUGCCUGAUGAAGUUGGACGUUUGGAGGUCCUUCGAAUUCAUACAAAGAACAUGAAGCUAGCUGAAGAUGUUGAUUUGGAAAGAAUUGCUAAAGACACGCAUGGAUAUGUUGGUGCUGAUCUGGCAGCCCUUUGCACUGAAGCUGCCCUUCAGUGCAUACGUGAAAAGAUGGACGUCAUUGAUUUAGAGGAUGAAUCUAUAGAUGCUGAGGUGCUCAACUCAAUGGCAGUUACCAAUGAGCACUUUAAGACUGCUCUUGGAACCAGCAAUCCAUCUGCACUUCGUGAAACUGUUGUUGAAGUGCCCAAUGUUAGUUGGGAUGAUAUUGGUGGGCUCGAGAAUGUCAAGAGGGAGCUGCAAGAGACUGUUCAAUAUCCAGUUGAGCAUCCUGAGAAGUUCGAGAAGUUUGGAAUGUCUCCCUCCAAGGGAGUGUUGUUCUAUGGACCUCCUGGUUGUGGGAAGACCUUAUUGGCUAAGGCAAUUGCUAAUGAAUGCCAAGCAAACUUUAUCAGUGUCAAGGGUCCUGAACUGCUUACCAUGUGGUUUGGUGAGAGUGAAGCAAAUGUACGUGAAAUCUUUGACAAGGCUCGUCAAUCUGCACCAUGUGUCCUUUUUUUUGAUGAGCUUGAUUCGAUUGCAACUCAGAGAGGAAGCAGUGUUGGUGAUGCAGGUGGUGCUGCUGACAGGGUUCUUAAUCAGCUCCUUACAGAGAUGGAUGGCAUGUCAGCCAAGAAAACUGUAUUCAUUAUUGGAGCAACUAACAGGCCUGACAUUAUAGAUCCAGCAUUGCUUAGGCCGGGCCGUCUUGACCAGUUAAUUUAUAUUCCACUGCCUGAUGAGGCUUCUCGUGACCAAAUAUUCAAAGCUUGCUUGAGGAAGUCACCGGUGGCCAAAGAUGUUGACCUGAGAGCUCUUGCUAAGUACACUAAUGGAUUUAGUGGUGCAGAUAUUACAGAAAUUUGCCAACGUGCUUGCAAAUACGCCAUCAGAGAAAACAUUGAGAAGGACAUUGAAAGGGAAAGGAAGAGGAGCGAAAAUCCUGAAGCCAUGGAGGAAGAUGAGGCUGAUGAAGUAGCGGAGAUCAAACCUGCUCACUUUGAAGAGUCCAUGAAGUAUGCUCGCAGGAGUGUGAGUGAUGCUGACAUUCGGAAAUAUCAGGCUUUUGCACAGACUUUGCAGCAGUCAAGGGGGUUUGGCAGUGAGUUCCGCUUCUCAGAACGGUCCGAAACUGGAGCUGGGGCUGCUGGUUCUGAUCCAUUUGCUUCUGCAGCUGCUGGGGCUGAUGAUGAUGAUUUAUACAAUUAGUUUACAAUCAUGUGCUGUAAUACUUUGUUCUCGCAUAUCUAUCUGGAUAUUUUUAGGUGGAUUUCUUUGUUAUGUUAUUAUCAUUAAGAUUCAAUUUGAUGAUUCUUAAUGAAAAGAGAUAAAGAUGUUUUCUCCUUGCGAGCCAUAACCAUUAUACAUUUUCCUUUUCCAGUUUUUUUAACCUCUGGACAUGUCUUUGUUACAUUUUGGGGAAAAUCAUUUGCAAAAUAA